AUGGAUAGCAACAAUGGUGAUAAAUCAAUGUCUCUCCGCGUCGCCGAUUUCAGUUCAUUACCACAGCAAAUGCUAGCACCUAUUGAAGGCUACGAAAACACGCCACUUGUAUCAAUUGAAGAUGCAAUAAAACCUCUCGAAGAUGAAAUUCUUUUGCUUCCAGCCAGACAAUUUGAAGUUAAAUCCUGUCUCAAUUCUGGUAAUGGACUUCAUAUAAUACACAUUAAAGAAAUAGAUCCAACGUAUCCAUUACUUGAACCCGUUCCUGUACUUCCUUCAAAGACAUCUUCAGGUAAUGAUUCAUUUUGA